AUGGAUGGGUUGUUUGUUCCCGGGAGCACUCAUGACGUCGACAUUUCAGCCUACACAUACUUCGGAAGCACUGAACCAAUGGAAUAUCUAACGAAAAAAAAGAUAUAUAUAUCACAAUAUUUAUUCACUGUGGUCAAGUAUUUUGUAAAUAGGGGUUUCAUAAAAGAUCAAACGAUCAGAGGAGCGAGCUAUGAUUUCAGAAAGGCCCCAAACGAGUUGGAAGAGUUCAACAGAAAAAUGACAAAUUUAGUAGAAGAAACUUACCGUAUGACCUUCAAUAAAAAAGUUGUCUUAAUUGGGCACAGCAUGGGAUGUUUGGUUCUGCUUCACUGGCUGAAUGGAUUGAAUCAGGAAUGGAAAGACAAAUACAUUUCACUGUUCAUAUCUCUGGCAGCUCCAUGGUCGGGCUCCCUAUCAGCGCUUAACGUCCUCAUGACAGGUUCAUUUCCUGAGUUCAAAAACUUCAAACUUGAUUUGCACGAAGUUAGAGAUUUGGCACGCACGUUUCCGAGUUUGGCUUGGUUGAUGCCAAACGAAGUGUACUGGGAUAAGAAAGAUGAUCCGUUAGUGAUGUCUCCAACGAGAAAUUACACUGUCCGUGAUUACAGAGAGCUCUUCAGGGAUAUCAACUACGAAACUGGAUACUUGAUGUAUGAGAACACCAAGAAUCUAUUGAAGUUGGAGAACCCGGGUGUGGACAUGUUGUGCGUGUUUGGUGACGGUUACAGCAACAAGACGAUACACAGUUUGGAUUUCCGUGGCAGGAGUCCGACAAAAUGGUUCGACGAAAUGCCCGCACUUAUAACGGGAGAUGGGGAUGAAACCGUACCUGCGCACAGCUUGAAGAAGUGCGUCUCCUGGCAGAGGACCAAGAUCAUAAGAAUGAAAACCACACAUCUCGGCCUUCUAGCACAAGAAGCUCUCUUAAAUUUACUCGUGGAAAAUAUUACUAAUCUCGUCACUACUGUUAAUACGCCUGCAUCAACAACAACAACUAGUACUACUACUACUACUACAACUGCUGCUGCUACAACUACCACUGUCACCACUGCCAUCGCGACCACACCCGCUGAAGUGAUUAAAAGUUUUCAAAAUUCUCUAGCGAUAACUACCAGAUCUUUUUUGCCUCUUCUCAACAAUGAUGAUGAAGAUGAUGACAAAAGUAGCAGCUCUGAAAUGAAAUUGCUUAGUGGUCUGUGCUUCUUGCUGACCGUUGGCAGCGUCUGGUACUUACAUGAACUUCAUCAGCUGUUUGACAUGGAUUGAGUGUAUGAUACUCCCAUGGAUUGAUAGUUUAAAAAAUUUACUAACACUUUUUAUUUUUGACAGGCAUUCAUUUGAAUCAUUUUAUCCAGAAUCUAUUUCUUUCGUAUUUUAUUUUGAUAGUAAAUUUCUUAUAUGAAGAAAGUGUAAGUAGCCAGACAUCGAAACAAUUUUAUAUAAAAAUAAAUUUUUUAUAAAAAUAAUCACAUUUAAAAAAA